AUGAAUAAGUUCAAUGGAGACAACUACGCGACUUGGAGUCGAUACAUGCGCGGUGUGUUUUUGAAGAAGUCCGUCUGGUACGUCGUGAACCGUGACACGACUCCGACUUUCAGUGACCCUCGAGCGCCGGAUGACUACGUCAAGGCGAGCGACGUCGCAUUUGGUAUGAUGCUGCUGCACAUGAAUGCGGAUUACCACCAUGUGCUUGACAAAUGCGAGGAAGCGUGUGUUGCGUGGACAAGUCUGAAGACGCUGUACGGUAGGUCGCAGAAGGCAGAACGCAUCUUCCUCAAUCGGCGACUUUUCAGCAUCAAGAUGGCUGAAGGCUCGUCUAAAAAUAAGCGGAGUUUUGACGAGCAAGGACAUGUCUGGAAUGGGCCGUCGUGA